GGUAACUCUCCUGACUAAAAGGAAAUUAGCUGAAGCAACUGUACACUGAACUUUUUUCCCUUUAUUUUAUUUUACAUUAUGGAAGAACAACUUCAUCUUGUACAAAACCGGAAUACUACAUUACAAGUGCUAUAGGGAGCUCCGGCAAACGUUCCAUGAGGAGUUGUCUCUGAGGACCUCAGGCCCAAGGAUCCAUGAGGAGCCGAUGAGAAUGGCCUUGACAGACAGAGCUAAACUGCUCAGUGUCAUAGCAGUCAUACUGCAUAUAGCCAGAUGUCAAGGAAGCCUAGAAAAGAACAGCUCUCCUCUGAGGUUCACUCAUCACUUGUACAACGCCACCAUUAAUGAGAACUCUGCCCCUAGGACCUACGUGGAGAGUCCUAUUCGAAUGGGCAUUGUGAUUUCUGAUCCUCUCUGGGACAUCAAGUACAGAGUUGUCACUGGUGAUGAUGAUGGAAUUUUCAAAGCAGAAGAGGUAGCCAUGGGGGAUUUCUGCUUCCUGAGGAUAACAACUGGCAGUGGUAACACACUUUCUCCUGUUCUGCUCAAUCGAGAGGUACGAGAUACCUACACUUUGACUGUUGAAGCUACUGAGAACACCUUUGAGUACCAGGCCAGAACAAAGGUACUGAUCCAAGUGCUUGAUACAAACGACCUAAAACCACUAUUCUACCCUGCCUCUUACAAUGUGGUAAUCAGGGAGGACACUCCACUGAAAUCAAGUGUGGUGAGAGUGAGUGCAACAGAUGCUGAUAUUGGUAGCAAUGCUGAGUUUUAUUACUCCUUCACGACUAGAUCACAUCCGUUUGCUGUUGAUCCUUUCACAGGAACAAUAGUGCUUGUCAAAAGGCUUAAUGCAGGCCAGAGAGACAGGUAUGACCUAACUGUGUUGGCAGAGGACAGGAGCAAGAAAAUCUCUGGAGUGCAAAAGUUUGGAAAUGUUGCGACGGUUGUUGUAACCAUUGAAAAAGCCAUUGAAAAUUUUACCCUCAUCACACCCAUCAUGACAGAGGCUCCUCAAAUCGACACUGAUAUAAUAAGCAUAAAUGUUAAGAUAGUGCCUCAAGCAAAGACACGAGUGGCCUCACUGAAUAUAGAUACAGGGGAUUCAGAGAAGGCUUUUGAGAUUAUUCCAUCUGUAUUGCAGGGCAAUGACUUUCAAGUGGUCUCAACAAAACGAAUUAAGUGGUCACAAAACCCAUUUGGAUUGAAUCUCUCUCUUCAGGCCAAAGACAAAAGUAACCCCCCUUUGCUAACACCAAUUAAGGAUAUCCAUAUACCCUGCAACCAAUUUACAUCACUGACAUUUGAGCAGAUGGUAUAUCAAGUUAACCUUAGUGAAUUUUCCCCCCCAAAAACCCAUGUACUUAAAGUAUCUGUACAAACAAAUUUAACCAAUGUCACCUACCACAUCAAAGACAGCACAGAUAGCCAUAAAUUCAAAAUCAGUGCUAAAACUGGCAUUAUUGUUACCUCUGAGUCUCUUGACUUUGAAAAGAAAUCUCAUUAUGAGUUUGAUGUCACAGUAAAUUCUGGAGAAGCUGAAGCACAUGUCAUAGUUGACAUAGUUGACGAGAAUGACAAUAGUCCUAGAUUUACUUUACCUUCAUACCAAGCCACUCUGCCAGAAAAUAUUCCUAUAGGAACUAGCAUCUUAGCUGUCUCUGCUAUUGAUGUGGACAGGGAUGACAAUGGUUUUGUGACCUAUGCCAUUGCAAACACAGCUCCCCUACCUUUUGUAAUAGAUCCACUAACAGGAGUCAUUUCUACCUCAGAAGAGUUUGAUUAUGAGCUGAUGAAGAGGUGGUACCACCUUAGAAUCUGGGCUUCUGAUAGUGGUAGCCCUUUUAGUCAUGUGAGUGAGUGUGCUGUGACCAUCACCAUGACCAACAUCAAUGACAAUGUCCCACUUUUCGAAAGAGUUGCGUGCAAUGCCUCCAUACCUCAUGACCUUGCACCUGGAAGGAGCAUUGUAACGAUGUCUGCAGUUGAUCUGGAUGAGCUGGAACAAAUCCAUUAUGGCAUUGAAAGUGGAAAUGAGGAUAAAUUAUUUGACAUUGACCCUGUUUCUGGCACUAUCACACUAGCUCAGUACAUUUCUGCAAACAUUUUAGACACAAAGAGCACUUCAUACAUCCUAAAAAUAUCAGCAACCGAUGGCAAAUACAAUGCUGACCCCACUACUGUGACUGUGUAUGUCAUGAGCAAGGGCACAGAACCCACAGCACACUGCCAGGAGACUGGAGUAUCCAGGCAGCUGACUGAGAAGCUUAUUGAAUCAAUCAAGCCUAUACUCUCUACUCAAGAGGAAGCAGAUGUCUUCUCUGAUGUCCAUAUAAUCAAUCGUUACUCUCCAAAGUUUGCUCCUGGCAUACCAAGCUCUAUUUAUAUAAAGGAAGACUUUGCUCUCAGCAUGCCUAUACUACACUUUAAGGCUACUGAUAAUGAUAGUGGCUUUAAUGGAAGGCUUGUCUAUGUAAUUUCAAGUGGGAAUGAGGAUGCAUGUUUCACAAUUGAUAUGAACACAGGAAAACUAAAGAUUAUCUGUGAAUUGGAUAGAGAAGCAAAAGAAUUCUAUAUUCUGAACAUAACAGUGUAUGAUUUAGGUAGUCCACAAACAACUGCAUGGAAAUUUCUUGCUGUCAAUAUUUUGGAUGUAAAUGACAAUCUGCCAUUAUUUUCUCAACCGAGAUAUGUUUUGAGGAUUCCUGAAAACACAGAGGCUGACAAAAGCAUCUUCAAAGUACAUGCAGUUGAUUAUGACCUUGAUGACAAUGGAGUCAUCAAAUAUUCCUUGUUAACAUUUACUGACUUUUUUAGUGUUGAUGAAACAUCUGGGGAUGUGAAGGUGAUAGGGAAUUUGGACAGAGAAGCCUUUCCCAGAUAUGACUUAAGGAUAGAGGCUAGGGAUCAAGCCAAAGAGGAGCCGCAACUUAUUUCAACAGCAGAUCUACUGGUUGUCCUAGACGAUAUCAAUGAUAAUCCUCCUAAAUUUUCACCCAAGAUCUAUAGGAUUAAAGUCCCUGAAGAUGCCCCUCUAGGCACAGCACUACUAUGGGUUGAAAGCUACGACUUGGAUUUGGGAAGUGGAAGCCUUAUAAGCUAUAAUCUGAAGAACAAUGAGGCAGGCACAUUUCUCCUGGACACAUCCACAGGCUUACUGACUCUUGAGAAAGAGCUUGACUUUGAGAGAAAGCAGUCUUAUAAUCUAACUGUUCGAGCUGUGGACCAUGGAAAACCCAGGUCCUUAUCAUCCUCAUGUUUCAUAGAGGUGGAAGUGCUGGAUGUCAAUGAAAAUUUGCAUAAACCAGUUUUCAGCUCAUUUGUACAUAGAACUCCAGUUCCGGAGGAUGCCAAAAUAGGCACUUCAGUCAUAACCCUGACAGCAAUGGAUAAAGAUUUGGGGAAAGAUGGAGAAGUCAGAUACCACAUUUAUGAUGGGACAGGACUUGGAGUCUUUGUCAUCGAUGAAGAAACGGGAAUGAUUCAAACUGCAGACACACUGGAUAGGGAGACUGUUCCACACUACUGGCUGACUGUGUAUGCCACUGAUCUGGGCACUGUUCCCCUUAUGUCCUGGACUGAGGUGUACAUCGAGGUUUUGGACAUUAACGACAAUCCUCCUGAGUUGUCCCAACCUGUCUACUUUGCUUCUGUCCAAGAAAAUCUGCCGCAAGACAAAUUUGUAUUGAAAGUGGCUGCCACAGAUGUAGACAAGUCUUCAGAGGGGAAGAUAACAUUCAAAAUUCUGGAUUCUCAGCGCACACAUUUUGCAAUCAACUCAAAAACAGGUGUGAUCAGCACCCUGUCGGCUCUGGACCGCGAACAAAAACCAGAGCACAUUAUUGAGGUAAUUGUGUGUGAUAAUGGGGUUCCUGCACUACGCUCCACUGCCACAGUGGUCAUUCAAGUGCUGGAUGAGAAUGACAACAGCCCUCAAUUCAGUCACAAGCUUUUCCAGGUUAAACUGCCAGAGCGCCAAAGCACAGCACUUCCCCAGCAUGUCUACAGGAUGCUCGCCCAUGAUGACGAUGUAGGCCUCAAUGGCAUGAUCACGUACACCCUGGUGGACAAUAUGGAUCGGCGAUUUGAUGUCCAUCCCACAACGGGGGUGGUAACAGCCACAGGGGAGUUCGGGCAAGGCAACUAUAGCAUCCUAAUGAUAAAAGCCACAGACCAUGGUAGCCCUGCGCGAAUGUCCAAGGCACGUCUGGAUGUGGAAUGGCUCCCACAGCCAGAGUCUAGUUCCACACUGCUUGCCUUUGACGAGGCCCACUUCAACUUUGCCGUCAUGGAGACAGACCCUGUCACUCACAUGGUGGGAAUCAUUAGCACCGAGAUCACUUCAAGCCUCCUAUGGUUUGACAUCAUAGGUGGUGAUGAGGACCAGGACUUUUACAUAGAGAAGGACACAGGGAGUGUUCUAAUAGCCAGAUGCCUGGAUGCAGGCAAAAGAUCGAAUUACAACCUCACCAUCAGUGUUACGGAUGGCUCUCAGAUGAUAACUACUCAGGCAUAUAUCCGAGUGUUGGAUAUGAAUGAGCAUCGGCCAGAGUUCCUGAAAACUCUAUAUGAGGUUAGAGUUCCGGAGGACACAGCUCCAUGGAAAGAGAUCCUGCAGAUCAGUGCCCAUGAUGCCGACACAAACAGCAGGCUGGUCUACUCCAUUCACAGCAGCCUUCACCCAGACAGCCUCAAGUAUUUCCACCUGGAUCCAAAGAGUGGAGUGCUUGUUCUGACUGAUGAGCUGGACUAUGAGGCCUUCUCUAUGCACAUUCUUAUUGUUAUGGUCCGAGAUCAGGAGAUUCCAGUGAAGAGGAACUUUGUAAAAGCUGUGGUGCAUGUCGAGGACUGUAACGAUUACACACCCUCUUUCAUGAGCACUCAUUAUGAUGGAAGCAUCAUCAACCUGGCUUCAACUGGUACUGAGGUGCUUCGAGUCAAAGCUUUGGAUAAAGACAAAGGCAGUAAUGCUGAGAUAGUGUAUUCCAUUCACUCAGGAAAUACAGAUGAAGCAUUUGAAAUUGAUCAGCAGACAGGAGGCAUCCGUGUGGCUAAGUCAUUAGAUAAGCUCACCCAGGACCAGUACCAUCUCACUGUGAAAGCCACUGACCAGGGCUUUCCACAGCGCAGUGAUCUCUGCACCAUCAGCAUUCAUGUGAAGCUGUCUGAGCACACAGCACCCAAGUUCACCCAGGAUGAAUACUUUACUGAAAUAAGUGAAGCCAGUCCUUCAGGCACUCCUGUGCUCUCUGUCUCGGUCAGUUCUCCAUCUGCUGUAAAUUUCAGGAUCAAAGAUGGUGACCCUAAUGGGAUUUUCCACAUCAAUUUCAACUCUGGGCAGCUGUAUGUCCAAAAACCCCUUAAUUUUGAAGAGUGCCUCUCAUACCGCUUGUUAAUAAGAGCCUCAAAUACAGCUGGGGUCUCAUCAGACGCUGUCGUUUAUGUGUAUGUUAUCGAUGAAAAUGACAAUGCCCCUGUUUUCCUUCAGGACAACUACUUUGGACAGAUCAUUGAGUCUGCACCUAUGAACAGCAUGGUAAUGGGUGAGAACAACACCCCACUGGUAAUCAAGGCCUCAGAUGCUGACAAGGAUUCUAAUGCUCUACUAGUCUUCCAGAUCCAAGAGCCUAAGGCGCAGAAAGUGUUUAAAAUAGAUCCAAGCAUGGGCACCAUCUCUUUAGUAUCUGUGCUGGACUUUGAGACUACCCCUGAGUUUGUCUUUAGUGUUCAGGUGAAGGACUCUGGAGAACCCUCUCUAAGUGCUGCCAAACCAUGCAGAGUUACCAUUCAUGUCCUAGAUUUUAAUGACUGCCCCCCUAAAUUUACACUACCCAUCUAUAUGGCUUCCAUUGUGGAUCCUGUCUUUAAAGACACAAAAAUCAUCCAAGUAAUGGCUCAUGAUGCAGAUUCAUCUGUUUUGUACAGUAUUCCAGAGACUAAUCACAAAAAUGUAUUUAAAAUAGAUCAACUAACUGGAGAAAUUUCAGUGAAUGAAGAGUCUGACUUCCUGUCACAUUAUGAACUUAAAGUUAUAGCGUCAGAUGGCUUAUACAAAGACACUGCUUUAGUGAAAGUUAAUGUAACUAAAAUAAAAAAGACUAGUCUGAAGUUUGAGGAGAGGAUGCAUAUGGGCACUGUAAUGGAAAACACUACAACUAUAAAAACCUUAACUGUAUUAAGGGCCAGAGGUAGCUACCUCAAUGAACCACUGAUAUACUCUGUUCUGAACCCAGGGGAUAAGUUUUCAAUUGUGUCAUCAUCAGGAGUACUGCAGACAACGGGUAUUCCCUUUGACAGGGAGGAACAGGAUGAGUAUGAUUUGGCUGUAGAGGUCAGAGACAUGAGAAAUCCACCACGUAUAGCUGUCACUCAAGUCAAGGUCUAUAUAGAUGAUAUCAAUGACAAUGCACCCAUCAUAUCAAACCUUCCCCACACCCUGAUGAUAUCUGAGGAGACUGAAGCAGGGGAUGUUCUCUUUCAAGUUCUGGCGACUGAUGAUGACACCGGUGAAAAUGGAUCUAUAAUAUUUACAUUAGAGGACCAUUUUAAUCUCUUCAGGAUUGAUCCUUAUAUUGGUGAUGUAUCCCUUCAGCGACCCCUAGACUUUGAGUCUUUGAAUAAGUAUGUGCUUAUUGUGCGAGCUUCUGAUGAGGGUGAGCCCAGUCUGUCAGCUUGGGGAGAACUGUACGUCCAAGUGCAAAACCGCUCCCAUCCUAUAUUUCAGAGUCUGUUUUACCCUUUGAGACUGCCUGAAAACAUUACUCCUUAUACAACCAUCCUGCAUGUGCAAGCAAGAAACCCAGAGGGCUAUCGUCUUAUCUACAAUCUUGAAGAAGAAAAUGCCUCUAAAUAUUUUCACAUCGACUUCAAAACAGGAAUGUUGAGUGUCACAGAUUUUUUAGACUAUGAGACACAAACAAAGCACCUUUUGACUGUUCGGGCCACAGACUCUGUGACUGGCACUUUUGCAGAGGCAAAAGUAGAGAUAAAUGUGGAGGAUAUCAAUGAUAAUAGUCCUGUCUUUGAGAAUCUUACUUAUACAACAGAACUGUUAGAAGGUCUACCAGUAGGCACAUCUGUAAUAGAGGUUUCAGCCCUUGACAAAGAUUCGGGGAGAAACAAAGACAUAACUUACCAAAUAGCUGACACAGGGAAAAAUGAAAAUGAGUUUUUUAAAAUUGAUCCACUAAUUGGUCUUUUAGUAACAUCACAGGUGUUGGACUAUGAGAGCACUCAACAAUUUCAUCUGAUAAUCAGAGUCACAGAUAGAGGUACACCACCUCUCAGCAGUGAAGCUCAUGUUUUUGUGAAUGUUAUAGAUGUCAAUGACAACCCUCCAAACUUCAGCGAGUCUCUCUACCAAGCCUCUCUGGAUGAAGAGGCCAGCUGUGGUCACAUAGUCAUCAAAAUCCAGGCCUCAGAUCCUGAUAGCAAGGACAAUCUCCAAUAUAAAAUUAUCUCAGGUAAUGAAGGGAGGUACUUUGCUAUCAAUGAAACAUCAGGUCUUAUCUCAUUUUCCAAUGUUUGCAAGAAAAAUCUGGAUCAGUUUUACAACCUUACAGUUGCAGUUUCGGAUGGUGUCUUUCAAAAGACUGCUCCUGUAAAUAUUGAUAUGACCAGCAGCAACAGACAUAGCCCCUACUUCAACCAGGAUGUUUAUGAAGCUGAAUUGGCUGAGAAUGCAGAGGCAGGGACACGUGUGAUUCGUCUGGCAGCCAUUGAUCCUGAUGACGGACCAUAUGGAAGUGUGGACUACACAAUUAUUAACAAGCUUGCAGAUGAAAAAUUUUCUAUUGACAAUGAAGGACAGAUUGUGACCUCUCAACCUUUGGAUAGAGAGAAUCCCUCACAAAGAGUGAUUGCCAUUAAGAUCAUGGCUAAGGAUGGUGGUGGCAGAGUAGGUUUUUGCACUGUGAAGAUCAUUCUCACAGAUGAGAAUGACAAUGCCCCUCAAUUUAAAGCCUCACAAUACCAUGUCUCAAUUCAGUCUACAGUAAAUAAAGGUUCUCCAGUUAUUCAAAUAAUGGCUUAUGAUGCUGACGACGGCAAGAAUGCAGAUGUCACCUAUGCAGUGGAUGAAGCUGAGGAAGUGACAGAGGAGGUGAUUGAGAUUAAUCCCUUUACUGGUGUAGUCAGCAUCAAAGAGAGCUUAGUUGGAAUGGAGAACAAGAUAUUCAAUUUCAAAGUCCAGGCUCAAGAUGGAAGCAUUCCAUUUUACAACUCUUCUGUGCCAGUACAGGUUAAGGUUGUACCACCAGAGGUGCCCUUACCAAGGUUUACUGAACCACUAUAUACAUUCUCAGCAUCUGAGGAUCUUUCCAUUGGCUAUGAAAUAGGCACAGUUAAAGCUGAUGCAGACAUGCCACUAAUAUACAGCUUAGUAGAUGGUAACACUGUGGAAAGCAACAAAGACCAGGUUUUUGCUCUUGAUAAAGACAGCGGCACCCUUGUGGUGCAGAAGAAUAUCGACUAUGAGAAGACCAAGUGGUAUCAGAUAGAUGUUAUUGCUCAGGGUAAUCACAAUGGCACAGAUGUAGCUUCUCUGGUGUCCGUUAGCAUCCAGGUACAGGAUGUGAAUGACAAUCAGCCCAUGUUUGAUGCGGACCCGUAUAAGGCAAUAUUGGCUGAAAAUAUGCCUGCUGGAACCACUGUCAUCCAGGUGACAGCUAAUGAUCCAGACAAAGAUUCUAAUGGAAAGGUCACCUACACUCUGGAACCAGAGGCUGAUGAUGUUAAUCAGAUCUUCACCAUUGACUCACAGACUGGCUGGAUCACCACUUUGAAAGAGACAGACUGUGAAACCAAACAGUUUUACAGGUUCUAUGUCGUGGCUACUGAUCAUGGAAGCAGCGUCAAGCUUUCAUCAUCUGUUUUUCUUGAAGUGACAGUAACAGAUGAAAAUGACAGUCCACCUCAGUUCACAGAGGACUUAUAUCAGGCUUCUGUCGUUGAGAACAGCAGACCUGGGGAAGUGAUAGUUACUCUGACAACUAUAGAUAAUGAUGUGUCUCUAGACAACAGACAGGUCACCUGCUAUAUAACAGAUGGAGACCCACUGGGCCAGUUCUCAGUUACUGCAGUUGGAAAAGAGUGCAGGGUUACACCCAAUGGUUCACUUGACAGAGAAGUCAAAGACAAACACACCCUUAGGAUAGUAGCCACUGAUGGAAAAUAUCAAACGACUGCCACAGUGGAGAUCCAUGUUCUUGAUAUUAAUGACAACAGUCCAUUGUGCGAACAAUUGCUUUACACUGAAGCAGUCAUGGAAAAUUCCCCAUCAGGACUGUUCAUUCUGAAGGUCUCUGCCUCUGAUCCAGACAUUGGCACGAAUGGACAAGUCUCGUUCACUCUUCAUGGUCCGAAUGCAGACAAGUUUCAUCUUGACUCCAAAUCUGGGGAACUGUUCACUGUUGCUGUGUUGGACCGGGAGAAGGAAACGGAGUAUGAUCUAGUCGUCAAGGCAAGUGAUGGAGGUGGACGCUCGUGCCAGGCCGACAUUGUGCUUAUGGUACAGGAUAUGAAUGACAACCCACCACGGUUCUCCACUGAUCACUAUGAAGUGACUGUCUUCGACAACACCACAAUUAGAACACCUAUUGCAGUCAUCUAUGCCAAAGACCCAGACACAGGCAUAAACUCUGAGGUGAGAUACUCCCUGCAAGGAGCAGACAGUGGAUUCUUCUCUCUGGAUGAGAUUUCAGGGAUGCUGCGCUUGGAGCACUCUCUGGUCGAUGAAGCUCAGUCCAUGUUUGAGCUGAGAGUGAAAGCCACAGACCGGGGCCUCCCUCACCACCUCUUCUCCUUGGCCAAGGUCACUGUGCACAUCAUAGACCUGAGUGACUACCAGCCUGUGUUCCUGAGCCCUGAAUACACAGCCCAGAUCCUGGAAUCGGUGCCGAUAGGGACAGAGGUACUCAGUGUUUCCGCCCUCACCAGAGAUGGCACUGGGAGUGAACCUGUCCGAUAUUCUAUUGUCUCUGGCAAUGAGGAUGGGAGAUUCCAGAUUGAUCAAGAGAAAGGUGUCCUGUGGGUGAAUGCUGCACUGGACUUUGAGCUGUGCCGCGAAUAUUACCUGUCAGUGGAGGGGGCACGAGACAAGGCAUCGAUGUCUGACAUUGCCAUGGUUAUUAUCAACAUCACUGACAUCAAUGACAACCCACCCGUCUUCAGCCGCAGUGACUUCAGUGCUGAAAUCGCGGAGGAUAUCUUGCCUGGAGACAUGGUGAUGCAGGUGACAGCAGUCGACCUUGAUGGGCCACUGAACAACCACAUCCACUACUCCAUUGUGAGUGGUGACCCACAGCAACAGUUCAGCAUCGAUCGUCGCACUGGCCACAUUACAGUGCGUUCUGCGCUGGACAGGGAAGAGAAAACACACUACUCGUUAACCGUACAGGCUGCAGAUGAGGGCCUGCCUCCUCUGUCCUCGGCUGUCCAGGUGACAGUGACAGUGUCUGAUGUCAAUGACAACCCCCCUGUCUUCUCUCAGACCACCUACAACCUUGUCCUGCAGGAAGGAGAGGCUGUGGGUAGUGGUGUUCUGCAGAUGUUGGUCAGCGACAGGGACAUGCCCCAGAAUGGCCCUCCUUUUUCUUACCACAUUGUGUCAGGAAAUGAGGGCAGACAUUUCUACGUGGACCAGGGAGGACUGCUGUCCCUCUCUUCCCCACUAGGAAAAAGAGGAAAGCCUCAGCACCUACUCAAAAUUCAGGUCACUGACAAUGGCCACCCCCCACUCUCCUCCAUAUGUGUGGUUAAAAUCAAUGUCACUGAGGAGAGCAAAUAUCCUCCCACUGUGGCCCCACUGGAGGUCUACAUAACCAUGACUGAGGAGACCUUCCCCAGACGGGUCAUUGGUAAGAUCCAUGCCUCUGACCAGGACCCCAAGGACAUCUUGUCGUACAGGCUGGAAUCCACCCAUGGGGGGCUGUUCUCUGUGGACUCCGCUGGGAAGGUAGUGGCAGAGCAGGCUCUUCGAUCUGGCCUGUACCCUCUCAAUGUGAGCGUGUCUGAUGGCAAGUUUAAUGUGUGGGCUACUGUGUGGGUCCAUGUGUGGACAGCCUCACAGCAGGCUCUGGACCAGGGCUUCACCCUGCAGCUGGCUGGCCUGUCUGCUGAGGAGUUCGUGGCCGACCACUGGCGGGGCCUACAGCGCAGCCUGGGUGCUGAGCUGAACGUGCCCAGGCAGGAACUGCACAUCGCCAGCCUGCAGCAGGAAAGCAGCCCCGGCAGCCUGGAGGUACUGCUGGUGCGCAGGACCCAGGAUGGCUCGGUCCGGCCCAUAGCUAGCCACCGUCUAGCCACAGCUCUGGCUCACGUGGAAGACAACCUUGGUCUGAGCGUGCUCAGGGUGCGGCAUGGCAACUGUGCUGGUAUUGCCUGCCUUCCGCAGGGCUGCAGAAACUCUGUGUUGAUGAAGGAGGAGAGAGUGAGCCACUACGGCACAGCGCGGGCAAGCUUCAUCACCCCACAGCACAGCUGGGAGAGCAUCUGCUCCUGCAAUGAAUCAGCUGUGAGAUUUGAUGGACAUGGUUAUUUGAAGUACCUUUAUCGGACAGAGGAGGAAAAAGAAAAUUUCCACCUGUCUCUCCGAAUCAAGACAUUUGAUGCUGAAUGCACAGUGAUGACCACAAAUGCGUCUGACUGGGGGACACUGCAGCUGGUGGAUCGGGAGCUGCUGUUCCACUAUGGGUGUGGGAACUCACUCCCUGGAAGCCUGACAGUGAGGGGCUACCCCGUAGCUGAUGGCCACUGGCACCACAUUGCAGUGGAGGUCAAUGGGACAGCGUUGAGGCUCACUGUUGACAGCAUGCACUCCAUCGUUUUGGACUUACCGGAGCCUUGCAGGCUGACCCAAGCCCAUGGGACCCUUCUGCUCGCCAGUACUGGGACCAACACUACUGUGCCGGGCCUCAAAGGCUGCAUGGACAAUGUGGAGUUUAAUGGGCAGCCGUUGAGGACAGAGGUGGCCGUAAAGAGUCUGGGCUCACAGGGAAACAGGCUCUUUGGUGUCUUCCAAUGCUGUACAGCAGAUGGCUGUGCCAGUAACCCUUGUGAAAAUGGAGGAAAGUGUGAGGAGAACUUGACUGGAGAGUUCCACUGUAGCUGCCCAUUGCCAUUCUUCGGUGCACGCUGUGAGCUGGAGAACAACCCAUGUACAUCCCAACCAUGCGCCCAUGGCCUGCUGUGUGUCCCAAAGUUUGAAGGUUAUAUGUGCAACUGCCCUGAACAAAUUGCUGAGACCAGAUGUCUGAGUGAUGCAUGUUCUUCAAACCCUUGUCCCAGUGGAUUUGGCUGUAAAAUGGCAAAGGGUUCAAUCCAUUGUGACCCUUUGCCUCAACUUUCAAGACCCAUUGGAUAUGCAGAGAUUGCUGAGAUCUGCGCAGGUGUGCUGGGACUCAUACUGCUCGUCGCAGUCUUUGUGUGCAUACGAAAACACUAUGUCAGCCACAAGAAGCACAAGCCAAUCUGUGUGCAAGAUUCUAAUGGCUACUUCCCAACGGGCCUGACAAAGAUGCAUGAUGGAGAGAACACUCCCCCCAUGGAAAUGAGCACCAUGAUUGGCUUGGGGAAUGACCUGGACCACAGCCCUUUCCGUUCCUUGAAGCCUCGUGAGCAGAGGGAGCUGACCCAGAUGGUUUCCCGUCCCCAGAAAGCUCAGGGCCCAGUGGUGUGCAGUGUGGCCCCAAACCUCCCUGCUCCUGCCUCUUCCAUCUCUGAUAAUGAAUCUAUUAUGAAACCCAACUGGGAGCCAGACUAUGAAGUAUACCCUGCUGAUCCUGACUAUUAUGGGCGGCCAGCCGUGCAGGAGUUCCCUCAGUUUGACAUUGUUGAGAGCACUUACCCAACCAUGUCAUCCGGAGACUCCCGGCGGAACUCUCGCUUUGGGGGCUUCCCAUUCCCACUGGAACGCGGUGACCGUCGUGCGCCAUUGCCACCCUGCUACAGCAGCCAGAACCUGGACGACUUCCUGGGGCCGGAUGGUCUGCCCCUGCCCAGCUCGCAGUGCCCCAACGAGUACACAGCCAUCAGCUACUACCCGACGAAGCACACACGCAGCAUGGAUAACGUGUCAACGGGCUACAAGCGCUUGAGUGUACGCCUGAGUGUGGCUCAGCCAUCGUACGCGGACUGUGGCUCCUCCACCCACACAGCACCGCCGUCCAAUCGUGCCUCCCGCAGCUGCGUCGACUCCGACCUGGUGGAGAGUGACUAUGGCAGCUGCGAGGAGGUCAUGUUCUAGUCCAUCACUGCAUGACAUGCUGGCAACCAGCUCUAAGCACUGCACCUUCCAUCAGGACUGACAUUUAGCUGGAGAAGAUGGAUUUUAGUUCAAAGGCAGAGGGAAAAGCUAUUGGAGAAUUAGAAUCCCAUAGCCUGAACAGUGUUACUCUUCAUUUCCAAGAAGAUGCCUGACUCAAAUUUGACCACUGUCCCUUGCAUUGAAAAAUUGAUGAGGAAGUGUACUAAAUAAUGUUCUUAUACACAUAAAUUGAGAAGAUGCCAGCUGGGCAGAGUGGUAGAAUGUCCAUUCCUCUCUGAGCAUUUGUGAGCAUCUCUUUUUGAUUGCUGUUUACAAUUUGUAUUCAUGUACUGAGUGCUGUAGUGUUUGUUGCAUGAAUUUAUCACAAAGUCCAAAAUGUAGUUAUCAGUGACAUUUUGAGGUCUUGAGCUACAAGCUGUGCCCCGUGUUGUAAUUUUAGCCACCCUACACACCUGCAGAGAGAGAGAGAGAGAGAGAGAGAGAGAGAGAGAGACAGAGAUAGAUAGAUAGAUAGAUAGAUAGAUA